UAUAUAAACCGUGUGUUUAUAAUUGGCCAGGCUAGCUGCCAGGAUUUUUAACCAGGCAGGAUGUCGUUCUACGCACUCGUUCUAUUCUGCGCUACCGCGUUUGUGCUCGCCGCGGCUCAGGAUUUGGAGCUUCCUGUGCAAACCUGCAACCAUGAUGCAGAUGACUAUUCGUCUUGCUUGAGACUUGCAUUGCAAGAAGCAUGGCCAAACUUCAUCCAAGGUAUUCCGAAACUCGACAUACCAGUCUUGGAUCCAUACUUUAUCGAAGAGCAGAGAACCAUGUACGAAACCCAAGAACUAAAAGCGGACAUAACAGUGACUAAUGUUAACGUCUAUGGACUUGCGAAGGCUCAAUUCAAGGCUGUGAGACCGCAGCAUUCCGAUAAUUUCUUCAAAUUGGAGCUUGAUGCCGAUUUGCCGAAGGCGCUCAUCGAGGGUAAUUACAAAGCCGAAGGACAAGUGGGAGCGAUGCAAAUUGGCGGUCACGGAUUCUUUAACAUUAGCAUGGAGGACAUUAAAAGCACGUGGAUACUGGAAGGACCUGUAGCUAACGACAGAUGGACGCUCGAACAUUUCCAACUAAAUCCGGAGGUCGGAAAGAUGCAGAUUUGGUUCAGUGACAUGUUCAACGGUAACGAGGAACUCAAUAACGCCGCCAUGAAAUUCGUCAACGAAUAUUGGCCGACUUUGUAUCGCCAGAUGCUGCCGUUCCUCACGAAGAGCUGGGACGAACGUCUCACCGAGAUCGGAAAUCGCGUUUUAUCGAAGAUAUCCUUCUCGAAGACGUUCCCUUGAAGUCCCCGAGAAGACGUUCCUUCCCGCUAGGGCACGUACAUAUAGCGUAGUAUGUAUGAACGAAGGAGCGCCAAUUCGCGCCGAAGUCGGCGCGAGUAUGUAUUUUUUUUUUUUUAGGCGACCGCCCGAAGCCGGCGCGGAGGAACGCGAAAUUUCCUCUGUUUCCAAAGUCUCUGCGAACAUCCCGACGUGACGAGUUCGUCACUUCUCACCGUGCGUACUCCUGAUAGUGUGUUACUUAGUCUUGCACGACGUCGACAUGCGUGUGAAUAGUGCGGCGAGUUUAUUGCAUAAUUACGUAACGUGUAAACACAUAGAUUAUUCUUAGCAUUGUUACUAUUAUUGUGUUACUGCUAUUUUCACUAGCGAUUGUUUAUGUAAAGCACACAGACGUAAUAAAUAUCAUGGAUAAUAUGAUGGGUAUCAGUAGAUGUAUAAAUUCAAAGAAUAAUUUUCCGAAUAAUUUUUAUGACUCUCUUGAAGGUUUUCUUCCAAAUUAUUGUUGAUCUAUCGCGUUUAAACAAUUUGUCAAUUAUUAAGCAAAGCGUAGUAGAUAAUAAUUUAUAUGUAAAAGGAUAUAAACGAACUAAAAUAAUUAAUUUUUAUCAUAUAUUUA